UUACUGCAAAGCUAGUAAAUAAGGUGUACGACCUGCAACUCAAGCCGCCAAGCAGAGGACUGGGGAUUAACUAUACCCCUGUUAUGAAGUUCCAUAGACCUGGUACAUACAUACGGAGAGUCAACUAAGGUUCACGCGCCAUACCCUGCUCUCGAUCUGUACUUAAAUGAACUUGUAGAAUCGGCCAGGCAUGACGAAGGUCAACCAAUCCCGCAUUAGGGAGGCCCUGACUGCUGGGACAAAUGUCAAGGAGAAAGGGCCGCCUGUCGCCGACGGUAUCCUCUCGGUGACACCGGAUACCCCGGAAAUGCUGGAAUGGCGCAGCCGGUCAGCUCUGGACGUGGCGGAGACAUCGUCCACGUUUUUGGACGACGAGGACGAUGGUCCCAAGCCGCAUGAACUCUACGGAAAAUUUACCUGGAAGAUUGAAAACUUCUCGGAAAUUAGCAAGCGGGAGUUGCGCAGCAACGUCUUUGACGUGGGCAGUUACAAAUGGUACAUCCUGGUAUAUCCCCAGGGAUGCGACGUUUGCAACCACUUGUCCUUGUUCCUCUGCGUCGCUGACUACGACAAGCUGCUGCCGGGGUGGAGCCACUUCGCCCAGUUCACGAUAGCCGUCGUGAACAAGGACCCCAAGAAGUCCAAAUACUCUGACACGCUGCACCGCUUCUGCAAAAAGGAGCAUGACUGGGGGUGGAAGAAGUUCAUGGAGCUGUCAAAGGUGCUGGACGGCUUCACGGUGGCGGACACGCUGGUGAUCAAGGCGCAGGUGCAGGUCAUCCUGGACAAGCCCAGCAAGCCCUUCCGCUGCCUUGACCCACAAUACCGGCGGGAGCUGGUGCGUGUGUACCUGACCAACGUGGAGGGCAUCUGCAGGCGCUUCUGCGAGGACAAGAAGGCGCGGCUGGGGUGGGCGCGCGAGGAGGCGGCGUCGUUCUGGCACUUCUGGGGCUCCCUCAGCCCGGAGCAGCAGCGGAAGUACCUGACGGACAAGGGGGAGGCGAUCCUGAAGGCUGUCGUGAAGCAGUUCUUCAACGAAAAGGAGGUGACCUCCACGCUGGUCAUGGACGCGCUGUACAGUGGCUGCAAGCAAAUCGAGGAGCACAGCAGGGCGUGGCUGGAGGGCAAGUGCAGCGGCGACAACGCGCCGGUGGUGCUCAUCAAGGCGGAGCGCAACACCUUCACGCUGUGCUGCGGUGACAUCAUGGAGAUCGUGGAGCGGGUGCAGAAGGACUACAUUCCGGCGGCCAAGGACGACAACAAGGCGCUGCCGCCCAACGACGGCCUGACGCUCCGCAGCGGCCAGGACGGGGACGACUACCGGCGCGACUCGAUCGAGCGGGACGAGAAGCGGCUGGCGGAGCUGGGGCGGAAGACCAUUGAGAUGUUUGUGAUUGCGCACAUCUUUUGCGAGAAGCUGGAGGUUGCGUACCGUGAGGCGGAGGCGCUGAAGCGACAGGACCAGCUGAUUGCGGAGGAGUUUGAGAUGGCGCGGCUGGAGGAGAGCAAGGCGCAGGCCAAGGCGCAGGCGGAUAAGGAGAAAAAGGCAAAGAAGAAGGAGAAGCUCAAGCUGAAGCGGGAGGCGGAGAAGCUCAGGCGCGAGGCGGAGGAGGCGGAGCGGAGAGCGCGGGAGGACGAGGCACGCCGGCAGGAGGUGGAGCGCAAAGCCAAGGAGGCGGAGAAGCGGCGGUUGGAGGAGGCCCAAGCCCAGCAGCAGCCCUCUACCCAGCAGCAGCAGCAGCCGCAGGGACGCAAGCAGGCGCCCAAGCCCCGCGAGGACAAGCGGGCGCUCCUGCAAGCGCCGUCGCAGCAACAGCAGACGCUGCAGGUAAAGCAGGCCUUGUCAGCGAGUACCAGCCAGCAGCAACAGCUGCCAGCGGGGCCGACGACCCAGCCGUCAACGCACGCGGCUAACGAGCGGUGCGCAGCAGUAGCUGGCAGCAGCUUGCCCUCCCUUUCGUCGUUGGCUGCGGCUGCGGUCGCGGAGUCGGCUGCAGACGCAGCCGCCUGCCAGGCCGAGCGACCGGACCGGCGCGACGAGCCGUCGAGCGAAUCCGGCAGCGAUGAGGAGGUUGGGACGGUCAACCAGGCGACAGGUGCGGCGGAGAGCAGUGGGAGCGGUGAGGACGAUGUGGAGGCGGGCGCAGGCAGCAGCAGCGCAGCGGGCGGAGCAGCGGCUGCGCUGUCGGAAAGCGAUGGGGCGAGUGACAGCGAGAGCAGGGCAGCGCUUGAAGAGGAGGUGACCAUCCUCCGGGCGCAGGUGAUGCAGCUGCAGAAGCAGCUCGCGGAACGGGACGCGGAGCUGUUUGCGCUCCGGGCGCAGCUAGCGGAGCUGCAGCCGACGGAGAUUGCGGAUACGGUCAAGGCUGGGGCAGCGGCUGCGGCUGCGGGUGGGUCAGGAGCGCCGGCUCGUGCUAGCAGCAGCUGCUGCAGUGGCGCCGCGACAUGCAGCACUAGCAGCAGCACACCGGUGGAGGGUGCUGCUGAGGCGGCGGCAGCAGCGCCUGCGGCCAGCGGGUCAGUUGGGCGGGAGGCGGGAGCGGCUGAGAGCAGCUCGGGGUCAGGACGGCCGGAGACCAGCCGGUCAGUAGAAAAGGACCGGACGGCAAAGGCCGAGCCAGCGACUCCGAACGGGGUCAAGGACUCGCAUCAGCAGCCGCAGCCUCACUCCUCACCCACGUCCACCGCGGCCGCAAUUGCGGCCGCGGCGGUGCGUAGGAUCCAGGCGUUGGCCGCGACAUCGGCGUCCGCGUCGGGGCAUGACCCAGCCGGCCCCCUUUCUCACCCAGGGGUGAUCCCAGCACGGUCAGCUAGCUCGGGGCCAGCGGUGUCGGCGCGGCCGAUGCCGCCGGUAGCGGCCUCGGGGCAGCCACGGUCCGCUGGCUUGCAUGCAGGCGGGGGCGAGGCAAUUGCGCCGCACCACCCGCAGGCGGCUGCUGCGGCAGCAACGUCAGCCUCGACGCAGCAGCCGCAGCCUGCAGGUACGGCAUCCGCAGCAACGCCGUCAGGAGAGUCCCACUUAGCGGCGGCACCACCUGCCGGUGUCAUGAUGCAGCGCUCCACAUCAGCCACGCUGCCUGGGGUGGCUGGCGGUAGCAGUACGACGGCACCAGUGCCGUACACGCCCUUGGCACAGCACCAGCUGGCAGCGGCGGCGGCAAACGGACGACCUCGGCAGUUGGAUCCAGCAAGCUCCGGUGCGACGACCAACAGCGCUUCAACAAGCAGCGCGACGACGGCUUCCUCCACAAGCAGCAAGCCGGUGCCGUACAUGCCGCCAUCGUCGGGAGCCGCGGGUACGACAGCGCCCACGGUGGCCCCAUCCGCCAACGGUAUCCUCCAUUCCAGUACGGCACAGGAGGGCUUGUCGUACCGUAACGCUGCGGCAGGUGUGUUGGCAUCCGCGGGGCCAGCGGGAUCUGGGUCGCACUCGUUGGCGUCGUCAGCACCGGCGGCCGCAGCCGGGUCCAUGGCAGCAGUCGCGCCCAUCUUAGCCCCGGCGAACCCUGGUGCGCCGGCGGGGCAGACCUCGGGCGGGGCCCACAAACGCGUUGACGAGGGGCAGGCGGCAGCGGCGGCCCGCCACAUGGGGCACUCUGUAGCCACGUCAGCUGCUGAGGGGGCGUUCAACGCCUCAAGCGCGCGCAUCAUGAUGCAGCAGGCGCAGCGCACGUCACUGGGGUUCGGCACGCCGCCAGCUGUGUCGUCAGCAGCAAAGCGCAUGGCCGCUUCCAACCAGCUGGACAGCCCGGGCCUGGAGGACUUUGCCCACAUCAACAUGAUCGAUGACUUGCUCACGGAGUGACACCUCUUGCUGGUGGACAUUCUCCCUCCCCCUGGUAUCACUAAGGAGGGAACGAGCCGUCGUUUUUGCUUGUUUUGGGGGCUGGUCCCGUGCAUGUGGUUGCUCUGAGGCCCAUGUGCUAUGCCCCUGUCCGGGGCUGAGGGCCUUUGUACCGCAUUGCGGUGCUUGGCUGCGGAAUCCCGGCACUGCCCGGCUGACUGGAUGUAAAAGGCCAGAUAUGGA